UUGGUCCCAUCCCUUCAACCAUCCACCCCAACCCCCGCUCUCCUUUCAUACCCCCUCCUAAGGCUCUUUCCACUCGACCACAUUCAGCUAGUUGCAUUCUGAGUAGCACUUCCCACCCGUACCUCCAUAGCAUUAGGGUUCGUCCAAAAUGGCUCGAUGCGUCGCCGCCGUACUUCUGACUCUCACGCUGUGUCUCACCGUAGUUUCCGCGCGACCCGACGGACAGGCAGACCUCACAGCAGCUAAGGAAUUCCUGAGGAAGCAGGGCUCCUUCACAACCUUUCUCAAGCUUCUCAAAGAUUCCGGUUUCGAGUCGAUCCUCGCGCGUUACGUGCAGACCCAGCCCGUGACCCUCCUCGUGCCCGUCGACCGCGCGUUCGCAACGCUCCCGCUGCGCGUCAAGUCGCAGCUGUCCGGCUCCAAGCUGAUCAAGCUGCUCGAGUACCACAUGAUCCUUCAGAAGCUUCCCAUCGGCUUCCUCCGCCGCGCGCAGGCUGGCGCGCGCUUCCGCACGGUGUACGGCGUGCAGCUGGUGAAGCAGAAGUCGGCUCUUAAGAACACGGUGAUUUUCUCGCCGCCCGGCGCCAACGACGCGACGCAGAUGGCGGUGGUAACCUGGGGAGAUCUCGCCGCCGCGAAGCUGCUGCUCAUGUGCCUCCACGGGACCAACGGCGUGCUGCUGCCUCCUAACGUCUUCUUCUAGACCGGCAUGACAUGACACGUGGCGGCCACGAGGGUGUAGUUGAUUGGUAGGCGAUUCCGCGAAGCUCGCCUAUUGUGCUUGUCCUCCCCAGCAGGUUGCCCCGAGUGGUGGUGUAUAUUUCCGGCAUACUUAUUAAUGUCUGUUUCGUUGAGGCUGCGCUGCUGCUGAGCUUUGACCAACCUCCCUCUCCCUUCCCUCAUUUCAUUUCUCAUAUAACGUUAAGCGUUAGCGAUGGACCCAUCCCCCCACCUGCCUGAUUCGGUUUAUUUUUUAGCAACUUUGAUGGUGUCUCUUGCAUUUUUUUGUGACUUGUUUUGCCCUAAUCUCAAAUCAACCA